AUGGCAGGAACUAGCUGCAUCACUUCUGUUGCAUCCUUGAGAAUCAAGGAACCUGAUUUCAUCGUUGUAGGCGGUGGUAUUACGGGUCUGGUGGUUGCUUCUCGCUUGAGCGAGGAUGCUGAUAAAAGCGUCCUAGUCAUUGAGGCUGGUGCAAGUCGUAUUGGAGAUCCUCGUAUCGAUGAUUGGCAAUCCAUGACAGUCGCAACCCAGACCCACGUUAAUGGCAGGCAAAUUCCCCAGGUCAGAGGAAAGUUCCUAAGUGGAUCUUCGGCCAUCAACUUCAGUGCGACUGUGUAUCCUUCCAAGGGCAAUUUUAAUGUCUGGAAUGCACUCGGCAACGAUGGAUGGUCCGGAGACGACAUGCAGCAAAACUUCCGGAAAUUCGAGCAUUACAUCCCGGCGACACAGCACACGAAGGAGCUGCUGUCGAUGAAUUGCAUCAACGAGAAGGUUCACGUUCGUGACGGGCCUCUUCCGGUAACAGUUGGUGAUGCCCACGGUCCGUUCAACGAGGCAUGGGCGGAGAUUAUGAAAAAUCUGGGUUGGUCCAACCGGGACGAUCCCAUCGAAGGCGAGAAGCUGGACGCAUUUGCCUGUGGUUUGUCACUGGAUCCGAAGACGGAGAUGCGGGCAUGCUCAGCUUCGGCUUAUUACAACGCUGAAGUCUUGACGAAAGAUGGGAAGCACCACAACGUCUCAGCGAAACGAGAGGUGAUACUCGCCGCAGGACCUCUCCAGUCUCCGCAAUUGCUGGAGUUGUCCGGAAUCGGCCAGAGUAAAGUUUUCAAGGAGUAUGGCAUCCCUGUUAUCGACAGUCCCGGAGUCGGUGAGAACCUUCAGGAUCAUGCAAUUUGCGCCACCCGCUUAGAAGUUGCGGAUGACCAAAUCUCCGGAGAUGUCAUGCAGAAUAUGGAUGUCGUGCAGCGCCUAUUGAAGCAGGACCAGGAGACGCAAACGGGCCCUUUUGCUGGCAUGCCUAUCAGUAUCGCCCAAUUUCUUAUGGUCCACACUGAAGGAGCCGCAAGUCGCGAUGAUAUCGAGCAGUUCUUUCGCGAAUACCUCGAGGACCCGAAUCCGAACCCGCCUGCCUAUCAGAAGAAGCAGUAUGAGCUUCUCAGCCAUCAACUGGCCGAUCCGAAGGAGUCCACUGGUGUUUGCCUCUAUCUGCCAUUCCAGCUGCACGCGAGCUUUGUGACCAUCAUGGCAGUGAUCAAUCACCAUUCUCGCGUGGUGUUGUCCACAUCAAAUCGGCGGAUCCGAAGGACAAGCCUCUACGAUCCACGGUACCUUCCCCAUCCUCUCGAUCUUGAGAUCAUGGUGAAGCACAUGCAAUACAUGGAGAAGAUGUACAGUCGUCUUCCCGAGGGAUAUGAUGCCACGACGAUGGAAGGUGCCAGAAAAGUGGUGAAGGAGCGCUUGUUGAGCAGCUCCCACCCAACUGACACAUGUGCGAUGAUGCCCAAGGAGCUCAUGGUGUAG